AUGCACGCGCUUUCCAUGUGCGCGCUGCAGAUAGUCGGCGCGGCCGCGGGUCCCGCCGUGGCCGUCGUACACGGCGAAGGCAGACACGCGUCGCAGGGAUUGCCCAGCAUCAAGUACGGCCGGCCCAUCCCCGCGCUCAGCCUGCAGAGGGUGGGCCGCGCCUCGCUCAUCGGCCGGCGCCGCGAGAACGAGGACCGCUGCGGCGUGGCGCGGCUCACCGACGACGUGCUCUGCUUCGCCGUGUACGACGGGCACGGCGGGCCCGCGGCCGCCGACUUCUGCCACGCGCACAUGGAGCGCUGCAUCCUGGAUUUGCUUCCUAAGGAGAAGGACUUGGAAACUGUGUUGACCUUGGCUUUUCUAGAAAUAGAUAAAGCGUUUUCAAGUCAUGCCCACCUCUCUGCUGACGCAACGCUCCUGACCUCGGGGACUACGGCAACAGUAGCCCUGUUGCGAGAUGGCAUUGAACUGGUCGUCGCCAGUGUCGGGGACAGCCGGGCUAUUUUGUGCAGAAAAGGAAAACCCAUGAAGCUGACCACUGACCAUACUCCAGAAAGAAAAGAUGAAAAAGAAAGGAUCAAGAAAUGCGGUGGCUUUAUAGCUUGGAAUAGUUUGGGGCAGCCUCACGUGAAUGGCAGACUCGCAAUGACAAGGAGUAUUGGCGAUUUGGAUCUUAAAUCCAGCGGGGUGAUAGCAGAGCCUGAAACAAAGAGGAUUAAGCUCCAUCAUGCCGACGACAGCUUCCUGGUCCUCACCACAGACGGAAUCAACUUCAUGGUGAACAGUCAAGAGAUCUGUGACGCCGUCAACCAGUGCCACGAUCCCAGCGAGGCAGCCCACGUGGUGACUGAGCAGGCAAUACAGUAUGGCACCGAGGACAACAGUACUGCCGUGGUGGUGCCUUUCGGGGCGUGGGGAAAAUACAAGAACUCUGAGAUCAACUUCUCAUUCAGCAGAAGCUUUGCCUCCAGCGGACGAUGGGACUGAUCACCGGCUGGGACUUUUGGAGUUUCUGUGCGACACUUUUUCACCGAGCAUGUCACGAAACAGAUAAGAUAAAAAAUAAAAAAAAAGUCGCCUGUCA